UGAUCUGUACCAGCACCUGUGCUGUAGUGAUCCAUACCCACCCACUCAAAUUUAUAGUAUAAAUAGUAGAUAGCCUUCUACUAUACUAAUUUAUGCUUUCUGGCUCCACUAUUGUACACCAAAAACAUAAGCUGAGAUGUCUACGCGAAGAGGCCACAGGAGGCUUCGUUUACUCAUUGACCAAGCGUAUGGUCUACAGAAGAGGGAUGUGUUCGGGCUCAGUGAUCCAUAUGUCAAGGUGUCAUUCUACAAUGCUAUAAACAUUCGCGGUCACCACAAGACUUCGGCUAUAAAGAAGACCUUACGGCCAAAGUGGAAUGAAGUUCUUGAUUUUGAUGUUGCCGUGCUCGAGAGAAAGUUCACAGUAAUCUUUGACUUGUUUGAUGAGAACCUUUUAAUCUCGGACGACUUUCUAGGGAGGGCAGUUUUCCAUGUUGACUUUAGUGACACUGACCCAGAAACGUCUCCGUGUGUGUCUGACGUGGCUGUCACUACGAUUGAUGACAUAAAGAGUGUCGGUCGUCUUCUUACUCUCGCCCUCAAGGAUAAGUACUCUGACAGCCAUUUCACUGGAGCUAUGAGCAUUCCACAUGUACGGCAGAUGAGGCAAGAGUUCCUGCAGAAGAGACUACACAAGGCUCGGGAGCACGAGGAGACCUGGGGAGGUCUCCAGGUGUACUAUGUGUUUGAAGAACCUCCCCGUGCUCGUGCACACACACAACCAUCCCUCACUGCUUCGUCCCUAUCACUGACCGCACCCACCACCCCUGAAGCCACACACACUUCUCCAGGAGCCUCACCUGCUCCAGAGUCAACGGCUGACAGUGAUGAAGAUGACACUGUACUGCCUGAAGGUUGGGAGAUGAGAGUUGACUCUAACCGUCGCCAAAUGUUUGUCAAUCGUGACCUGCACCGUGUGUCGCUACGACGACCAUCCAACAUCCCAGCGGCCCUAACCCAGGAGCUCCAGAAUGCAGUAGGUGCUCGGAGGAGGUUCCAAGAGAGGUCCACUAGUAUCGAUGUGAUAAUAGAGAGGUCAGAGUCCACUGUAUCGGAAGACUCACGUCCACCUGACGCCGGAGCUGGUACUGGACUGGGACCGUCCACACAGCACACAGGUACUGGACUGGGACCGUCCACACAGCAGGACGAUUGGGUUUUGGUUGGGGAACAACCACCAGCUGAACCAACUGCCACUGAGACGAGCACUGCAGAGGUCGGUACUCCUACAGCCGCUAUAGCCGCUAUUGUGGGUGAAGCCACAGCUUCAGUACCACCGCCUGUGGUCACCACUGGUUCAGUGGGUGGGGCUUCAUUGCUAGGGUCAACUGAAGCACCUCAGCUAACAACAGCUCUACAGAGAGCGUCUGAGGGACUCGCGGCUGGCUGGGUGGCUGGCAUGUCCCUAGACGGUCGUAUCUACUACAUUGAUCACAACACUCACUCCACCACUUGGGAGAAGCCACGCCUCUUGGAGAGACGACCCACCUCUGAAGAAACAGGACACGGGGCCCAACAAGCUGAGCAGGACAAGGACCUCCCCCCUGGCUGGGAGGUGCGUAAGGCCAAGGAUGGACGGACGUACUACGUGGACCACAACACUCACCGCACAGUCUGGGAACACCCAAUGGAGACCUCUCAGAGACUGGCCAAAGAGGAUGAGCUUGGACCAUUGCCGUCCAAUUGGGAGGUGAAGCAGAUGCCAGAUGGAAGGAUCUUCUACGUUGAUCACAUCACUCACUCCACUCAGUGGGAGGACCCACGGUUGCUCGCCAAGAACAAGCCCACUUAUAAAAUCCAGUACUCUCGCGAUUACAAGCAAAAAUACGUCAACUUCAGAUCAAAACUCGGGCCAAAGCACCAAAUUCCUCGUCAAUGUAAGAUACCGUGUCGACGUUCGCAAGUGUUCGAGGACUCUUACAACUUUAUCAUGAAUGUACGCGACAUUGAGACACUCAAGGCACGACUGUACGUGGAGUUCCAGGGAGAGACGGGUCUGGAUUAUGGGGGUGUGGCUAGGGAGUGGUUUCAUUUGCUCUCCCAUGAAAUGUUUAAUCCCUACUACGGGCUAUUUGAGUACUCAGCAAGUGACGACUACACACUUCAAAUCAGCCCCAACUCUGGUGCGUACAAUGAACGUCAUCUCGAAUACUUCAGAUUUGUGGGCAGGAUCUGCGGCAUGGCUGUCUACCACAACAGGCUAAUUGAUGCUUUCUUUAUUCGCCCGUUCUACAAAAUGAUGUUGAGCAAAGCCAUCACAUUGGAGGACAUGCAGGCUGUGGACGUAGAGAUGUAUCACAGUUUCCAGUACAUUCUUGACAAUGACCCGGAACCUCUCUGUCUCGACUACAGUGUCAACUCAUCCGUCUUUGGAGAGUUGACUGUGGUGGAUCUGAAGCCUAAUGGCAGGAACAUCCCCGUUACCGAGGCCAACAAGAAGGCGUACCUUGACCUUAUGAUGAAGUGGCGGUUCAGUGACCGAGUACAAGACCAAAUGAAGGCAUUCUUAAAGGGUUUCUCUGACCUGAUUCCACUUCGACUGAUCAAGGUGUUUGAUGAGAGGGAGAUGGAGUACCUCCUCGGUGGUCUGGCUGUGAUUGAUAUGGAUGACUGGCGCAGGAACACAGAUUAUGAUGGCUACGCACCGCACGACAACGUUGCGGUGUGGUUCUGGAAAGCUGUAGAGAAUUACGAUAAUGAAAUGAGAGCCCGGCUACUGCAGUUCGUGACAGGCACUUCUAAAGUGCCCAUGAAUGGAUUCUCUGAACUCCAAGGUAGCCAAGGACCUCGCAGGUUUUGCAUCAAAAGAUACGGUCAACCAGACUCCCUACCGAGAGCACACACAUGUUUCAAUCGACUUGACCUUCCCCCGUACCCGAGUUAUCACAAGCUGAAGGAAAUGCUGCGACUAGCCGUUGAGAACACGGAGGGCUUUGAGGGAGUCGACUAAACACAUAAAACUGAAAUUAACGUUAUUCAUGUGAUAAGUGUACGUGGAAAUGUUUGUUUGUUCGUGAUACAUUAUUAAGUUUGUUUACAUCUUAGAGAUGAAUAAUUAAUUUUUUGUUGUGGAAUAGAAGUGAAAUACGUUGUAGAAUGGAAGUGAGAUUCAAUUGCUAA